CGCUGAGAAUGCGUGCGACGGAGCGUUCUCGCGCCGCUCUCCCCGUCCCGAGCUCGUUUCCUCCUCUCUGAAGCAGAAAGAUUAUCUCUGCAGUCGCGACAACAAUGGGAGGACUGGACGCGUGUGGCGGCUCCCGCUCCAUCUUACUCUAAUUCACACCGUCGCACUUGGCUUUAUUCCCGGCGAAAAUGGCGACGGGGGCAGGCUGGCAACCUCCGUACAACACCUCGACCAGCAAAUACACCCAGUCUCCAACAGGGUCCGGCAUGUUUUACGACGGGAGCUUAACGCUGGAAUACACUCCAGACCUGCAUCUGAAGAUGAGCAAGAAGAUAGCCCAGCUAACAAAGGUAAUUUAUGCGCUCAACACCAAGAACGACGAACACGAGGAGGAAAUCGACUCUCUGAAAGAAGCCCACGAGGAUGAGGUCCAACACAUAGUGACAGAAACCAGAGACAAGAUCAUGCAGUACAAGAGCAAAAUGGCGGACGAAGCGGACCUGAGGCGGCGGCUGGCCAGUCUGGAGGAAUCUGUGGAACUGCACGACCACAUGAAGAGACAGGCCUUGGCAGAGUUCGAGAUGUACAGGCAGAGGAUGGAGGACUCGCAGCUCUGCACCGAGGCCCAGCAUACCCAGAGAGUGGUUUCCAUGAGCAGAGAGGUGGAAGAGAUGCGUCGCGAUUUUGAGGAGAAGCUUCGGGUGUUCAGCCAGGCUCAGGCCCAGUUUGAGGCAGAUAAGCGGCGAGCGCUGGACGAGCUGAGGGCCACCCACCGACACGAGGUGGAGGAGCUCCGCAACAACCAGCACAACCACACCGCCACCUCUGCCGAGGACCAGGAGAAACUGGCCGAGCUGCAUAGACAAGAGGUGGAGGCUUUGAUGGAGAGGGUGGAGGAGCUGACGAAGGAUAAGGUCCGUCUGGUGGAGGAGUACGAGGCCAAGCUGGCCAAGGCUCAGGAGUAUUACGAGCGCGAGCUGGAGGCCAUGAGGCGGACGCACCAGCUGACCACAGAGAACCUGCUGGCUUGGAAAAGGACGGAGGUGGAGCUGCGGAAGGAGUUCCAGGCUCAGGAGGCGGCGCUGCAGCGGUCGCUGUCCAAGCUGAGGAGCGAGCUGCAGAAAGCUCAGGAGGAGGCCCGGGAGAACCGGGACAAAACCAACCGGUUGCAGACAUCGCUGGCCAACGCAGAGGGAACCAUUAAGAACCUGCACAAGCAGCUAGAAGAAGCCAUCCAGGAUGGAGAAAUCUGGGUGAUGCAGCUGAAGGACACCGAGUAUGAACUGGAGAGCAGCAGGGAACGGGUGCAGCAGCAGGCCACAGAAAUCCUCCACAAAGCCAGUCAGAUUGGCUCUUUGCAGGCCACCCAGAUGGCUCAUGAGGUGACCAUCAGGAACCUGGACCAGGAGCAGAGUCGCCUCAAGGAGAAGAUCGGGCGGCUAGAGGAGGAGAGGGAGGCCCUGCUGAACCAGAGCCAGGCCGCCAGCGACCAGCACAAGCAGCAGGUGCUCAAACUGGAGCAGUCUCUUCGGGAGGAGCAUCAGGGCUAUGAGAAGGAGCUCUCCAGGCUGAGGGCUCACUACGAGGAGGAGACACUGCGCUUUAAGGAGGCUCAGGUCCGAGUGCUGGAGGAGCUGGAGGAGAAGCACCGGACGCUGAGGGAGGAGGCCCAGCAGGAGAAGGAGGACGAGAAGAAACUCCUUGUUACGAAAAUGAGUCAGGAGUUUGAGAUUAAACGUCUGUCCUUAGAGGAGCAGAGAGAUCGCCUUCAGCAGCAACUGGACAACUUGAAAGAGGAGCUCACGGCCAAACUCAACAUGGCCAAUCAGGAGGUGUCCCACCUGCAGGAGAUCGUGAGGGAGGGGGAGCAGAACCUGAAUUCGGCCCAGACGCAGAUAAACUGCCUGAAGGAAACCCAGGAGAAGCUGCGGAUAGAGCUGGACGCAACCCGAGGUCGCGUGCGAGAGACAAGCAACCUGCUCACUGACCUACAGGAGGAGAUUGAGACCCAGAAACAGCAGCAUGAUGCCAGGGUGAUGGCCAUCCGCACGGAGGAGAAACAGAAGAUCGACAAGAUGGCAGAUGACUUGGAUCAGAAAUGGAGAGAAGCUCUGCGGGAGGAAGUGCGUUUGUUGAAGGAGGACCUGAGCGAGGAGUACGAAGCCGACAAACAGGCGGCUCUCAGUCGGCUUUCCCAACAGAAGGAGCUGGAGCUGAUGGCAUCACGAGAAGCCUGGCAGAGGAAAGUGGAAGAUCUGCUGGAGCAGAUAUCGCUCCUGAAACAGUCCCUGGAGCUCCAGCUGUCACAGUCUCAGUCCGCUCUCCAGCAGCUGCAGUCUCAAUUCAACCAAGAAAGGGAGCUGCUGAGCCAACAGCUUAAAGAGAUGCAGAGGGAACAUCAGAGGAGGGAGCAUCGGCUCCAGGAGGCCCACUGCUGCGCCCUCAGCACCAUGGAGGAGGCCCGACAGCACCAGAUCAGAGCCCUGGAGGAGCGUCUGAAGCAGGAGCAGAGGGAGGAGGUCCAUGCUCUGAAGGAGGCCCACCGGAGAACCCUGGAAAUCCUCAGGCAGCAGUCAGAGCAGGAGCUGCAGACGCUCAGAUUUGAACUGGAGGACGAGGGGAAAGCGAAGCUGGCAUCUCUCCGAGCAGAACUGAACCACCUCCACGCCACGGCCAUCGAGCACCUGAAGCAGAUCCACCUCAAGGAAAACAGCUCAGCUAAGAGGGAACUGGAGAAGGCGAUGGAGCACAGCCGCCAGCAGGAGCAAGAACUCCUGGUUCGCAUCUCCGACCUGCAGGGCGAGCUGUGUUCCCGUAGCAACCGCAUCACCGAUCUGGACCACGAAAUCCACUCUCUUAACGAGACCAUCGACACUCUGACCAGAGAGCUGGAGAUAAAGGGCAAAGAGGUGCUGCGAGUUCGCAGCGAAGCCAACCAUCAGAUAAGAGCGCAUGAACAGGACCUCAUAAAGAGGCACGAGAGGGAUCUGGAUGAGCUGAAAGUGGUUCAUCACAGAGAGGUGCAGAUUAUGCUGGCUGACUUCAACAAGGCCCAGGAGGUUCUCAAAGACAAGAUUUCUGCUCUGCAAAUCCUAUUGGAGGGUACGGAGGAGAAGUUGAGAAACAGAGAAAGCCGACCGGAAGAUCUGCAUCUCAUCGCAGAGCUCAGAGAGAUGGUGACAGAAAGAGAAGCUCUGGUCAAGAAACUCGUCGUGAGUGGACAUUGUAGCAGUUUCCAAGAUGACAAGAAGUUCUACCAGCUGGAGUUGGUGAACAGAGAGACGGGCUUCAACAAGGUCUUCAAUUCCAGUGCCAACGUUGGUGUCAUCAAUCCUCUUAUCAAGUCAAAAACAGGCAGCCAAUCAGAUCAGCGCCUCACCAGCUUCCCUAGCCAUUCAGCUCUCCGAUUCGUCAGCCCUCCCACCAUGAGCCACGAAGGCCAGGAGGAGGGGCGGUGGGAGGAGGGAGAGGUAGGACCAGGGGGCCGCUUUGCGCUUCCUCACUCCCCCCUCCAGAGGUCCCUCCCAAGACAUAAGAAAGCCCUGCCACUGUUCAGCCCUCUUCCUCCUCCUUCUUCUUCUCCUCUACCUCAGCAUCCUCUUCCUCAUCCCCCACACCAUCCCAUGCCAAGCCUCGCUCCUCCUCAUGCUCCUCAGGAUCCCCUCGCGCAGCAUCAGGGCCUGCAGAGCUGUGGGAGGUGAGAAAUGAUCCUUCCUGAAGCCAGCGUUCCCACACCAUCCGACUCGAGAGGGAUCGAGGCAGAAAAAGUCAAAGAAUAUGUCCCGAAAGAGGAAGACUUGUACUCGCUGUACUUCUCUUUCUGACUGGCAAAAAAAAAAAAGCAAAAAAAAAAACAAAAAACAAACACCCCAGUUCUGUCAAAAAAAUUUAAAUAAAGUAAUGGGACAGGGAGCUAAAGUGUGACGGUGAAUCAAACGGUGCGAUUCGAGACGCUUGAUGGGUUGAGAUAACAGACAUCCGGUCCUCAUAUGAGCAUUUCACGUUUCCAGUCUGAUUUUUUUUUUUUUUUUUUUUACCUUUGGGCUUCCGUACAUGGUGAGCAUGAAGAGCAGUGCCUGAUCAUUAUUAAAAGAUUGUGAAUUUAACAAAAAGGUGUCUGUUGAAACCAGAUUAUUAUCUUCACUUUAUUUAAAAGUACACUUUUUUUUUAUCUUGCAUCAAAUCAGAAUAAACUUUUAGCUGUUUUAGGUAAAUUAGAAUUGAAGAAACAUAUUUUUCAUUUAUUGAAUGCCAGAAAUGGUGAGUUUUAAAAUUUUGUUCACACAUUUGACCCCAAAACACACUGAUCUCUGGGACACUUGUUGAACAGUGUGACAUUGAAAUGAUUAAAACUGAUGAACAUGUGUUGGAUUAAUGUCUAGGAAUUCAACCAACCACCCCAUGCAAUUGAUUUUAUUGAUCUGAACAAAAUGCUGCUCUCUUACUGGUGAAUUUCUUCUUGAAACUCUCAUUUUAAGAGCAUGAACUCUCCAAUGUCAGAUUGCCUGAACGGUACAAGUUUCACUGGUCAACCGAUAUUUAUUUAUUUUAUUUUCUAU